ACGUGACCGCGCUGCUCCUAAUGUAUUUAGCUAGCAGCUUUCUCAACUCACCGCGAGUGGAGGAAUUACCGCUCAGCGCGCUGUGCUGGAGUUUAACUGUGGUUUUACGGAUUUUGACGGACAACCAGAGAGCGCACCAUGCCAGAGCCAGCAGACAUGAGUGGGCCUGAUGUAGCGAAGACGCCGGGGGGCGGGGCUCCAGGAAAAGAGGGAAAAGACUCUGUAGCCAAUGGCCAUGCAGAAGGAGAGGCUAACCCCUUUGCAGAGUACAUGUGGAUGGAGAACGAAGAAGAGUACAACCGACAGGUGGAGGAGGAGUUGUUGGAACAGGAGUUUCUGGAGCGCUGUUUCCAGGAAAUGUUGGAUGAAGAGGACCAAGAUUGGUUCAUUCCAGCAAGGGACCUCCCCCCAGGGGUGGGGCAGCUUCAGCAGCAGCUCAAUGGCCUGUCGGUCAAUGACAAUGCAGAUGACAUUGUGCGCAAGAGCAGCUUAAACCCUGAGGCCAAGGAAUUUGUCCCGGGAGUGAAAUACUAGGGAUCGACCUCACCCUCUGGAGUUGCCCUCUCACAUACACAUACGCACACAUACAGAGACUUUUUUGGCUGUAGCCAUGUAUACACUCAUAAAAAUGUACACCCACACACAUACACCUACACAAGCAGCUGUGAAGGGCUGGAAAUACAGAUGAGGGUGAGGUUUUUUGGGGGGGAGGGAUGGGAGGCUCAUCUAUAAGCUUUUUAUUUACAUUCGUUACAUAUAAACCAAGGGCAGGGAGUUUAGACUCGGCCUCUAGGAGGCGCUGCGGCAGCCUAACGUCAUACUCAAAACAAAGCUGUUUUAUUUGCUUCUAUCUAUAAGACAAAAGGACCGAUCACAUCAGCUCUUGUUUAGAAGUUUGUGCCUCACAGGUAUUUACUUUUUCCUUGCCUGUCUUUUCUUUUCUUUUCCUUUUUUUUGUCCCUCAGUGGGGAGGGUGGUGUCUGUGCCCUGCAAGUGAAGCUGGUGUGGGCAAAAAGAUUGGGGAGGGGGGGGGUGUUGGAGGGGCUUGUGACUGAAUGUGGGGGGGGGGCAGUUUGUGUGGAAUGGUAAGAAAAAGCAUUGGAGGAAUUCACAUGAAAACUUUUGAUUUUUGAGUAGAAAUUCUUACAUGCAAGAAUGAAAUUCAUUUGAAAAAGGAAGAAAAAAAGUAAAUAAAGGUUAAAAAAUGUUGGUA